CACAAACAUCCAUUGCGUUCGCUCUCGCUGUCUCGAAUAUCAUUCAAGGGCAAGCUGUGAUAAAGGACAUGCGUCCGUAAUCCAUCCAGACGCAACGAUGUUUCUCUCGCCACGGGCAUGGCACCAAAGUGCCCGCCAUCGCGGGGUGCUACACAGUACACGGACGAGAAUCCCACCACCACUCCUCACAAACCCGCACCGUCACGUCUCCCUCCAAGCAGGCGAAAACAAAACCGGCCACAUCCAGACCGGCCCCAACGAAGGCAUCCUCUUCAUCGACAACGUCUUCCCCCUCCGCCUCCAAAAACUCCUCGGCAUCCCCCUCGACGCCUCCGACAAAGCCCCCGGCCUCUUCCAGAACUUCAUCACCUCCACGGUCGCAGGCGCAGACCCCGCACACGUCCUCUCCUCCGCCGCCAAGCCCAUCAAAGCCCUCGAAGUGAUCCCCCGCCUCAAAGAAGGCGGCGCGUUCGUCAAGUUCAGCCACGAUGCGACGACGAGCACGUCUGAGGUCGAGACGGCGUUGAAGGAGUACCUGCGUGACAAGAACAUCAGACCCUGGUGGAGUCCGUUCCGGCGGAUGCGCGCGAACCUCGUGCGGGGGCGUCCCUGGGUCGAAGACAUGUUCCAGCUCCCGACCUCGCGCGUGAAAGUGCAAUUCAUCCCUUCCGAACCUGGUGCGGAGGCGGUGGAGCUCUCGCAGGAGCAGUUGUUUGCGUUUUUCAGGCCGUAUGGGAAGUUAGGGGACAUCGGGACGCAGCCGCCGGAUUCGAAGGUACUGCCCAAGUUUGCGUACCUGGAUUUCGCGAGUAUUCCGAAGGCGGUGAUGGCGAAGAAUUGUAUGCAUGGGUAUCUGGUGAGUGAGGCGGAGGGUGGGGGUGUGAAGGGGACGGUGCUGAGGUUGGGGUAUGAGAGGAAGGUUAAGGCGCAUUGGAUUAGGGAUUGGAUUUUUGGUCAUCCGAGGAUUGUGAUUCCGAUUGUCGCGGCUAUCAUCGCGGGGAUCACGGUUGCGGUUUUUGAUCCGAUUCGAACGUUCUUCGUCAAGGCUCACAUUACGAGGUCUUUACAUAUUGAGGACAACAGAUUCUACAAGCUGAUCAAAGGCUAUGCUACUGAUUUCAUCGGCACGUUCCGUCGUCGUCAAGAUGACGAUGCGGGAAUGGAAGCUGUCUGGGACGAUCGAAAGGGCAACAUCGAGCAAUUGCAGACCUGGCUGAUGGAGACGGCCGACACAUUCAUCAUCGUCCAAGGCCCCCGCGGCUCUGGCAAGAAGGAAUUGGUUCUCGAUCAAGCUCUCAAAGACAAGAAGUACAAGCUCGUCGUCGACUGCAAGCCCAUCCAGGAAGCCCGAGGCGAUAGCGCGACCAUCAAUGCCGCCGCCGCGGAGGUUGGCUACCGACCUGUAUUCUCGUUCAUGAACAGCCUCAAUGGAAUGAUCGAUAUGGCAGCUCAGGGCGCCACUGGUGUCAAGACUGGAUUCUCGGAAACACUCGACUCGCAGCUCGCGAAGAUCUGGAACAAUACGACGACUGCGCUUCGCAGCAUUGCUCUUGAUUCGAGACAUAAGGACGACAAGGACGCGCAGCUUGCGGAUGAUGAGUGGCUUGAGGCUCAUCCGGAGCGAAGGCCCGUGGUUAUUAUCGACAAUUAUCUCCACAAGAGCCACAUUGAUAACUCCCUCUACGACAAGAUUGCCGAUUGGGCUGCCCGACUCACUACAGCAAACAUUGCCCAUGUGAUCUUCCUCACAAACGAUGUCUCUUUCACCAAGUCUCUGUCUAAGGCACUUCCAGACCGCGUCUUCCGCCAGAUCUCCCUCUCAGACUGCAGUCCCGAGGUCGCAAAGAAAUUCGUCAUCACCCACCUCGACGCAGACGUCGAAGACGACCCACCACACAAGGACGGCUCACCCAAGAAACUCCCCUCCCAGCACCGCGCCGACCUCAACGAACUCGACACCUGCAUCGACCUCCUGGGCGGCCGCCUCACGGACCUCGAGUUCCUCGCCCGACGCAUCAAAACCGGCGAGACGCCCACGAAAGCCGUCCACGAAAUCAUCGACCAAUCCGCCUCCGAGAUCCUCAAAAUGUACAUCUUCAACUCCGACGACGACUCCACCACCCGACGCUGGACCUCCGAGCAAGCCUGGCUCCUCAUCAAAUCGCUCGCCGACACCUCCACUCUCCGCUACAACGAGCUCCUCCUCUCCGACACCUACAAAACCGCCGGCGAAUCCGUCCUUCGCGCCCUCGAACAAGCCGAACUCAUCUCCAUCGCCCACGGCCCCAACGGCCGCCCCGCCACCAUCAAGCCCGGCAAGCCCGUCUACCACUCCGCCUUCAAGCGCCUCGUCCACGACCGCGUCCUCGCGUCCAGACUCGACCUCGCCAUCCUGACCGACCUCGUCAAGAUCGAGACCGCGACGAUUGAAAAGGUGGAGAGCGAGUUGUUGCUACUCAGCCAGUUGAAUGCGCAGCCGAGGACGUUGACGCCGAGGAUUCAGUACUUGCUUGCGAAGUUGGCGGCGAGUCAGGAGAAGGUGGAGAGGUAUGAGGGGGAGAGUAAGGCGUUGAAGAAGGUGCUUGGGGAGGAGUAUUAAUGUCUUUAGACUGUUAUGGUAAUGAGAAGAAGGGAGAUGUUGUGAGAAUAUGUAUAUACGUGAUACCACUCUACACAAUCAAUAAGAUACAACGUAGUCUUUCUUUUG